ACCGCAACGGAACCGUCGCUUCGCGUCAAGACGCGCGAUUUCUCCCGCAGAUCGCCCGUCCGACACCAUCACGCCGCCCGGUUCCGCCCGUACGCUGCAAGCGCACGCGGCGCCCCUCCCUUCCCGUGCUCCCCAUCACCCCGAUCCGACGACGCCCCACGAGGCCACGACACCAGAAGCAGCCAACCCCACCACCACCGUCCUUGCUCAUCUACCACGCUUUUCCUCCCGUCCCCUCGCCUCCUCGAGCCCCUCGCUCCCAAUCCCAUCCCAUCUCGCACCACCAACCUUCCCGAUCCAGCCCGCAUCCACACACCCCCAUGACCCGCAAGAGGCACAAGCACGCCGCCGCCUAGGGUUCCGACCUCCGCGCAUGGAGUCGCUGCCGCGGAAGCGCAAGGGCGCGCGCGCCGCAUGCUCUCUUGCCGGAUCCCUCCACGACGCGCCCGCCGCCCGUAAGCGCACCUGCCGGGAGCCCAAGCCGCGGCCCGAGAAGAAGAAGCCGCCCUCCGCGGGCGGCGAUGCCGCUGAUGACGCCUCCGUCCGGGGCGGCGUGGUGAUGACGGCGCCCCCCGCGAGCGGGCGGGCGGCGCCGGACAGCCCCGGGCGCGGGCUGAAGCGGAAGCUGGGCUGCAUCGAGUCGGCCACGCGGAUGGGGAGGAAGAAGCGGCUCGAGAGCGAGUACGAGCUCGGCGGCGAGAUCGGGCAGGGCAAGUUCGGCUCCGUCCGGAUCUGCCGCGCCAAGGCCGGUGGCGAGGAGUUCGCCUGCAAGGCGCUGCCCAAGAACGGCGAGGAAACGGUCCAUCGCGAGGUGGAGAUCAUGCAGCACCUCUCGGGCCACCCAGGCAUCGUCACGCUCAAGUCCGUAUUCGAGGACGCCGACAAGUUCUACCUCGUUAUGGAGCUCUGCAGUGGAGGGCGGCUUCUCGACGAGAUUGCCAGGGAGGAGAAGUUCUCCGAGCAGCGCGCCGCCAUUGUGAUCAAGGAUCUCAUGGCCGUGGUCAAGUACUGCCACGAGAUGGGCGUCGUGCACAGAGACAUUAAGCCAGAGAAUAUUUUGCUCACCAAGGCCGGGAAGAUGAAGCUCGCCGAUUUUGGACUCGCUGCACGGGUUACUAACGGUCAGAAAUUAUCUGGCGUUGCUGGGAGCCCAGCUUAUGUGGCACCUGAAGUUCUUUCAGGAAGCUAUUCUGAGAAAGUAGAUAUAUGGGGUGCUGGUGUGUUACUCCAUGUACUACUGCUUGGUUCACUUCCAUUUCAAGGAGGCUCUCUGAACGCUGUCUUUGAGGCUAUUAAGACAACUGAACUUGAUUUCAACUGUGGUCCAUGGGAAUCAAUAUCAGGUCUUGGACGGGAUCUUAUUGGCCAUAUGUUGAAUCGAGAUGUCUCCGCUAGAUAUACUGCUGAUCAAGUUCUUAGUCAUCCAUGGGUCUUAUUUUACACCGAAUGUCCCCUGAAAGCUGUAGCUGCUAAUUUGUGUGUCACUAAAAAGAUUGUAGCGCCCAAAAUUCCAUGGGACAGAAUUAGGUCAGAAUGUGAUUCGUCAUCUUCAGAUUCAUCAAGCCAGGAUCAGGAUGAAUGUGGUAUAGUUGACGCACUGACAGCAGCAAUAACUCAUGUUAGGAUAUCAGAACCAAAGAGGAGUCGGCUGUGUAGCCCUGCCAUUACCAUUCAGCAGGAGUGCUCUUCAAACUUGAAGAGCAACCUGUGUACGGCAUUCUGACCUGACCCAAUUACAGCUACUGAUUGGAAUGGUGUCCAUUUUUCUCACUGAGAAGGUUGGUCUGAUUUACGAUGGGUCGACUGAUUGGUUGGUGUCUCGGAGCUGAGGAUGAUAACUCGGGUUUUCAUCAAAGCAAACAAGUGUUUGAUAUGGUGUAUGUUUUCUUGGGUGAUGCUGAUAAACCCAACAGUAGUAGCUGCUGUAAAUUUUGUACAUAGCAUGAUCCCCUUAGCUGCCUGGGUUGCUAAUUUAUGUAUUGAGAACUAUUUCAAGUAAUGCUCAUAAACGUAUUGUGAGCUGUC